GUAAAAUUUGUUGAUUGGCAAGUAAAGGACAACCUCUUCCAUAUAUUUGUUGUAGGGAAAUAUAGCAACAAAUCUUCUAUAAAUCAGCGCACACCAAUUCAACAUUCAAUCCAACCAAAAUCAAAGUAGGAAAAAACCAAGAAAAUAAAAGAGAGACAAAAAAAUUAUGGGUUCUGUGUCUGAAACUGUUUGUGUCACCGGGGCCGCGGGUUUCAUCGGAUCAUGGCUCGUCAUGAAACUCAUCGACUACGGUUAUACCGUUCGAGCCACUGUUCGCGAUCCUGAUAACAUGAAGAAGGUGAAGCAUUUGUUGGAACUGCCCGGUGCAAAUAGCAAAUUGAGUCUAUGGAAAGCUGAUCUUGCUGAAGAGGGAAGUUUUGAUGAAGCAAUCAAAGGUUGUACUGGAGUUUUUCAUGUGGCUACACCAAUGGAUUUUGAAUCCAAGGACCCUGAGAAUGAAGUGAUCAAGCCUGCCAUAAAUGGAGUAUUAGACAUCAUGAAAGCGUCUCUCAAGGCAAAAACUGUUCGGAGAUUUGUUUUCACAUCAUCGGCUGGAUCACUCAACGUCACUGAAAACCAAAAACUCUUGUUGGAAGAGCGCGAUUGGAGUGACGUUGAGUUUUGUCGGAGAGUUAAAAUGACUGGAUGGAUGUAUUUUGUUUCUAAGACACUUGCUGAACAAGAAGCAUGGAAAUUUGCUAAAGAGAACAACAUGGAUUUAAUCACAAUCAUUCCACCUCUUGUUGUUGGUCCUUUUCUUAGUCCAUCUAUGCCACCUAGCUUAAUCACUGCCCUUUCUCCUAUUACAGGAAAUGAGGCCCAUUAUUCAAUAAUAAAGCAAGGUCAAUUUGUUCAUUUGGAUGAUCUUUGUGAAGCUCAUAUAUUCUUGUUUGAGCAUUUAGAAGUUGAAGGGAGGUACAUAUGUAAUGCAUGUGAAGCCAAUAUUCAUGACAUUGCAAAAUUAAUCAAUGCAAAAUAUCCAGAGUACAAUGUCCCUACAAAGUUCGAGAAUAUUCCUGAUGAGUUGGAGUAUAUUAGAUUUUCUUCGAAGAAGAUCAAAGAUUUGGGUUUCGAGUUUAAAUACAGUUUGGAGGAUAUGUACACCGAAGCGAUUGACUCAUGUAGAGAAAAAGGGCUUAUUCCUAAAGCUAUUGAAGCUCCAAAAAAUUAAUGGAGUCACAAAGAAAUAAUCAUAGACUAUGUGUCUUCGUGUUCAUGUUAUGGUUUAAGGAUCAUGUUUUUCUUUAUAUGUUUAUGGAUGAGUUUUCUUUUGUAGCCUGAAUAUUUGUGCAGGUCCAAUAUCUCAUUUUGAUUCUGUAUUCUAAAAGUUUUUGUUAUGCAUGCUCUAUUUCAA